GAUCCAGCCAAUCUAAUGCAUCCUGACGGUGGAAAUAGCCCAACUUUUAGACAAGGUGGCAGAUAUUACGGCGGUGGAGGCGGUGGCAGAUACUACGGCGGUGGAGGCGGCGGCAGAUACUACGGCGGCAGAUACUAUGGCGGCGGAGGCGGUGGCAGAUAUUACGGCGGCGGGGGUGGUGGCAGAUACUACGGCGGCGGAGGCGGCGGUAGAUAUUAUGGCAGAUAU